GAAUUAAUAUUGAAAACUGAAGACGCGGAUGAAAGUAUUGCGAUCCAGCAGCUGAACGUUACUCUGCGUGAUUUGUUGUUAUUCUGGUUUUCAGUUGGAUUUCUACAUUUGGAAAGAAUAACGUGGCAAACUUCGUGCGACGUUCUACAAAAGAUUUCAGAUUACGAAGCGAUACAUCCUAUAAAAAAUUGGUUAGAUUUGAAACAAAGAGUUGGGCCGUAUAGAAGAUGUUAUAUUUUUACUCAUCCGUCUAUGCCGCGAGAACCUCUUGUUGUAUUACAUUCGGCAUUGUGCGAUGCUAUACCAGAUAGUGUAAGAGGUAUCGAAGAUGCGAAAGUCAGAAUUCUCGGUAGUCCGAAAACAGAAAUCACGUUUUUGGAAGAGGAUAAGUGCAAAAUAAAGACUGCGGUAUUUUAUUCGAUAUCUUCUACGCAGAAGGGAUUACAAGGUAUUGAACUUGGUAAUUAUUUGAUAAAAGAGGUAGCCAAAAAAGUGAUAUCGGAAUUUCCUAUGAUAAAUGAAUUGUCCACUUUGUCGCCGAUACCUAAUUUUAAAACUUGGUUUUUAGAAAAAACGAAACAAGAUAUACGUAAUGUCUUCACGGAUGAAGAACGCGAAUCUGCGCGAAAGAUUUUAAACGAGAAAGAUAUUGCUUUGAGUUUGAAAAGAAUUCUCAAUGAUUCGCUGUGGACUCGCGACGUUGCGAUAUGUGAAGUUUUGAAAAAGCCGUUACUCAGAGCAUGUGCGUGGUAUUUGUACAAAGAAAAAAGACGAAAUUAUGCUUUGAACAACGUUGCAAAUUUUCAUCUUCGUAACGGAGCUGUCAUGUGGAGAAUAAAUUGGUUGGCCGAUCCUUCGCCGCGAGGUGUUGGAAAUAGUUGUGGAAUUAUGGUAAACUACAGAUACUACCUGGACGAAUGUGAAAAACACAGCCAAAAUUACAUUGAAAAUUAUUUUGUAAAUGCGUCGGAAAAUGUAAUUGAUCUUGCUACCUCGAUCGAAAAAUUAUAA